AUGCAUGACAUUUGCCAUUUGGAUAGCGACUGGUUUGUCAAUGCACUCGCUACCUGUCUUAUCAUUGGUCUCGUCGUAUCCUAUUGCCCACAGCACCUCCGAAUAAUUCAGAUGGGCUCUUCCGAGGGCUUUAGCCCGUGGUUCUUGCUACUUGGUAGUACGUCUUCUGCCGCGGGAAUGCUUAAUAUGAUCGCAUUAUCUUGGCCUACUAUUCAGUGCUGUAAUGAUGUGAGCGUGGGGAAAUGCCUAGAAAUCACUGCUGGAGUAACACAAGUGGUCUUGCAGUGGGUUUUAUUCACGGCUAUCCUGGUUUUAUACAUGAUCUACUAUCCCGCCCGGUUGAAAUAUGUUGACAUUGACAUCCCUGCGCACGGCACUCUCCCUCCUCAGCAUGUCAAGACAAAGCUCUCGAGUGAUGAUUGGCGUCUAUCUAUGAACGUCUCGUGGGCUGUCACAAUCCAUCUUGUCUUCAUUACCACCGUCACGUUUUUCCUUCUGUUGACGCGCAUCCAAGAGCCUGGCGGAGGGGUUCCACGUCAAAUAUCCUUGUGGGCGACCUUUCUCGGCGUCAGUUCUGCAUUACUCGCAGCAAUUCAAUAUGCCCCACAGCUGUCGCGAACUUAUCAUUCGAAGCUUGUCGGGGCGCUCAGUAUCCCUAUGAUGAUGAUACAAAGCCCUGGGGCCUUUGUGAUGUCCAUAUCUAUUGCGCUUCGCCCUGGCAUUAACUGGACAAGUUGGGCGAUGUACGCUGUGUCCGGCAUUAUGCAAUCCGCCCUACUGGUUAUGUGCAUAGCAUGGAAAUUCCGCCAGCGUAGGCUCAAGAUUGAUGACUUUGGUUACUCCUUGAAUAGCAGCUCGUCCACUCCAUUGACAGACGACAUUGACACCGUCGUUGGCGAAGUUUCAGAUCCCCAAGUUGGCGACAUGUCUUUCGACAGCGAUGCGGAGGACGCCCGUGAAGAUGUGCCACUUCUGGCAAAACCAAGACGUUCGGCCAGGAGUUCGAGGUUCUUUGGCUGGUUGAGAUUAUAA